AUGAAGUUGGUUCAGCGAGCAGCCGUCUUUGCGCUGCUCAUCAUGUUUGCAGGCGCCCCGGCAAGCGCGCAAGGCAGCGGCGCCGCCGCCUUGGAGACGCCGCGCCAAAAGACCAUCAAGGCCCUCGGGGAGGCGCUGCCCCAGGCACGGGGCAGCGACGCCAUAAAGAUCGAGUUCUUGAGCCUCGACAGCGACACACUCGAGAAGUUCGCAGCCAUCAAGGGCACGCAGCAGAAGGUCCUCAGCGAGCUGCCGCCGCAGCGGCUGGCGCAGCUGGUGGAGGCGGUGCGGGCGUCCCAGUACCGCCACAGGAGCGCCUACACCACCUGCCUGGGGCUCCUGCCCGCAGUCAGGGGCAUCAGGUCCCUCGCCCUCGGGCUGGCGGCGCUGUCGGUGCCGACCCUGGAGGCCGUGGCAUCCCUGCCGUCGGAGCUGCCCGUCGUGCGCCAGCUGGCGUACCAGCAGGCGGCGCCCCUCAAGAUCCUGCUGCGGGAGCUCAAGGGGUUUGAAGCCGCCAGGGGCACUCCUGCGGUCGACUACAGUGCCGUCGCUGCUGUGAACGCUGCCUCUCCUGGCGGGCCCCCCACUGGUAUUGUCCCAACUGGCAGCGGGCAAACCGUGGUGCUACCACAGGAGUUGCGCACCAACGGCACGGCAAGGCGCAACCGCACGCUGUCGGCCGCCACCCUCAAGCGGCUGCAGCGCUUGUCAAACAAGAACGCCCUGGCUGCAGCAGGCGUGCCCGACAAGAAACCCGGCUCCCAGGCUGCCACCGGCCUCGUCCCCGCCGCAAACGCCGGCAAGCGCCGCCUGGCGCAGGCGACUGCCGGCGGCAACUACACUGAUGUGUUCUCGACCCUGCAGCUGAUCGAGAGGGCGGCCGCCGACGCAGCAAAGUCGCCCGCUGCAGGGGCACUGGCGCAGCCGCCGGCGCCACUGCAAGCACCGCAGGCCCAGCAGAGCACGCCUGUCCAGCCAGUCGUUACGCCAAGCUCGGCAGCUCAGCAGACAGCUGCUGAGCAGAAGGCAGCUGAAGACAGGGCCGCGGCGGAGAAGGCUGCUGCUGCGCAGAAGGCAGUGCAAGAGCAAGCGGCGGCUGCUCAGAAGGCGACGGAAGAGUUGGUGCAGAAGGCAGCGGCCGAGAAAGCAGCGGCCGAGAAGGCGGCAGCUGAGCAGAAGGCGGCGGCUGACAAGGCUGCUGCUGAUCAGAAGGCCGCAGAAGCGCUGGCGGCAGCGCAGAAGGCAGCGGCCGAGAAAGCAGCGGCCGAGAAGGUGGCAGCUGAGCAGAAGGCGGCGGCUGACAAGGCUGCUGCUGAUCAGAAGGCCGCAGAAGAGCUGGCGGCGGCGCAGAGGGCGGCCGCCGAGAAGGCAGCGGCUGACAAGGCAGCGGCUGAUAAGGCUGCGGCUGAUAAGGCAGCGGCUGAGAAGGCAAUGGCUGACAAGGCGGCGGCUGAGAAGGCAGUGGCUGAGAAGGCAGCGGCUGAUCAGAAGGCCGCUGAAGAGCUGGCAGCGGCACAGAGGGCAGUGGCUCAGAAGGCAGCGGCUGAGAAGGCAGCGGCUGAGAAGGCGGCGGCUGAGAAGGCGGCGGCGGACAAGGCGGCGGCGGACAAGGCAGCGGCUGAUCAGAAGGCCGCUGAAGAGCUGGCAGCGGCACAGAGGGCAGCGGCCGAAAAGGCUGCAGCCGAGAAGGCAGCGGCUGAUAAGGCAGCGGCUGAGAAGGCGGCGGCUGAGAAGGCAGCGGCCGAGAAGGCGGCGGCUGAUCGGCAGGCGGCAGAAGCUAAGGCAGCAGCAGAGAAAGCCGCCGCCGACGCGGCAGCUGAGGCGGCGAAGCAAGCUGCAGCUCAGCAGGCGGCCGCCUUGGCUGCGGCAGCACAAGCUCCCAAAUCGCCACUGCCUCGGAGACGCGUGCUGUCGCUGAGGGGGAUGCGCGCUUAG